AAGCAAGCGCAGGUAAAAGUAGGCUAUCCACUUACCGCUGUCAGAGUUUAUUUUACGCCUGCUACGCUGGGUUAGGCUACUGUCAGAGACACACCUAAAGCAUGGAUGCUCUGAAAUCAGCUGGAAGAGCGAUUAUCAAGAGUCCCGGAGUUCCGCGGCACACAUGGGGCACCUCCAAGCAUGACAAGCUGCCAGAGAACUGGACAGACACCAAGGAGACCCUAUUGGAAGGGAUGGUUUUCCAGGUCAAGUACCUGGGGAUGACUCUGGUGGGACAACCUAAAGGAGAGGACAUGGCCGCUGCAGCUAUACACAGGAUAGUCUCUACGGCCCGGGCAAGUGCUAAGAAGUUCCGUAAGGUGACCUUGACCAUCUCUCCUAAGGGAAUCAUCAUCACAGACACAGAGACACAGGACCUCAUAGAGAAUGUGUCCAUCUAUAGAAUCUCCUACUGUACUGCAGAUAAAACCCAGGACAAAGUGUUUGCCUACGUUUCCCAGAUUCAGUUGGACGAGACCCUCGAGUGCCACGCCUUCCUCUGUCACAAGAAGAAGAUCGCCCAAGCUGUGACUCUCACCGUAGCCCAGGCCUUCACAGUAGCUCUGGACCUGUGGGAGAUUGCUCAGGAAGAUAAAAGUCAGAAGGCCAGGAGGACAUGCUGCGCGUGUUCUGUCAGUGAUGGACAGACAGAGACUACAAACACACACAGCGUCUCAGAUUCAGAGAAGCAGCAGCCCCUGAGGAAGGAGGAGAAACAGAGACGGCCAUUUUUCUCCAUGUCAUUCAGCUCUCCUUCACCCAGCAACAAACCCGCCAGGAAACGACCAAUCAAACACGGCUCCUGGGAUGUGGAGGAUGGCCUCGAUGAUGCAUUCUCAAGAAUAAAAGCCUGA